CUCACGCUGAUACGUCACGGUACACUGGGGAAGAGCGCGGCGGAUUAUGUCCGCGGAGGCAUGAAGCCUGAGUCAGACUUCAUGUCGACCGCCAUCAUGGAGAUUUUUGUGAUGGUGCGUCGUGAAAAGACAACAAUCUUCCUUGACUGUAAGGAAGCCACAACCGUCUACGAGCUAAAGAAAAUGGUCGAAGGUAUCACAAAGAAGGCUCCAGAAGAUCAGAGGCUGUACAAAGAUGAUCAAAUACUUGAUGAUGCCAAAACUUUGGAGGAUUGUGGUAUUACAACCCAAACAGCGAAAGCCCAAUCUCCGGCAUUGAUUAGUUUGUCAUUCAAAGGAGAAGAUGGAGAAUUUGAACCUGUUGUCAUUGCUCCUCUUUCCACCCCACCUGAAUUGCCAGAUGUGAUGAAACCCCAGGAGACAGUUUCCAACAGUGAUGGCUCGUAAAUUUUAUGUCCUGAUGUACGGUUCUCUUUUUUGUAGAUCAAUGCAUACUGUAUCUCACAAACUAGUUGCAGGUUAAGCCCCUUUGUUGAUUAACUUAAGUAACAACAAACUGGCCAAAGCUUUGUGUGAUGAAAGAAUCAUUAUAUAUUUAACUUUCUAGUUCAUAACUUCCCAUUCAUAGGUUUGACAUACUGUCAAUUAAAUGACUGGUGGAGAAAUUUUCUUGGACAUUUAGGGGAAAAAAACUUGGUUUAGUCAGUAUUGGCAGUGCCAGCUAACAUCAGAUCUCCAUUUUUAUUAAAAAAAGAAUGCAAUGCACUAAAGCUCAAAUAUUUUGGUAAUGUAAAGACAACCCUGUGCAAUUUUGGCUAUAACAUGUUAAAGAGCAAUCUUUCAAUGUUUUGAUGAAUGUGUAGUUUGCUCUUGAUUUUCCUACUGAACUAUAAAGUAAGGGCUACUUUCCUACUGAUCACAAACUGAAAUGUCAGGUAAUAUCUUUAAUUUGUAAUUCAUAGUUGAUUUGAAAUUCAUGGUAGUUUUGUUCUAGCUGCCUAGGAAGUGUUUUGUUUGGUGAUUUUGUUAAUAAGGAUACAUAAGUUCUCAAUGUAUGAAACUGACAAGCAUAUCUUCCCGAUAUCUCCCCUAUCUAAGACUGCAUUUUCAAGUUAAGAAUAAGUCAGAGUUUAUUUUAAUUUCGUGUUCUAUUGGUUUAAUUGGUUUGUUUCUUUUUGUUUGUAAAUAAACUCGUUUCUUUUGAAGGAAUGUCUUUUUAUGUAA